AUGUUCUCAAUAUACUCACAGCCUGAUGAAGAAACUUGCUACUUGUUGACUGAUUCAGGAACCAGAUAUCUGUGUCACUUAAGUGAUGAAAAAGCAGUUAACAGUGAGGAAUCAAUGCUGGAAAAACCAAGUGUCCAACAUUUGUAUAUUGCAGAUGUUUUUGUACAUGAUAUUAAAUUACAGAUCCGUAUGAACUUCCUGAACCACUUGGAUACAUGGCUUGUUGAGGCUAAGAAAAACAGUGAUCAUGCAACAAUAGCCAAGAUUGAAGAAUUAGACGCAGAAUUCAACUUGAGAACACAACUGCAUAUACCAAGAGCAAAACGCAUUGAACAUGAUGUCUACAAUGUGAGAGCAGGCGAGCUUCUCUUACAUUCAAAUCGUGUGGCUGAACAUUGCCAAGGAGUGGAAAAGGCCCUGACUGAUUUGAAAAUGAAAUUUUUUUCAAUCAAACAACAACAAGAGAAAAUGAUGGGAGAAUUUCAGAAUGAAAUUGAGCUGAUGGAACCUGCCUUUCUAAAUAUUACAAAAUCUGGAAGAUUAAUUACUCUGAGGAACCAAAUGUCAAAGGAAAUUCAAAAACUGAUGGUGAAUAUUCGCACAAGUUUACGUGUAUUCCGAGUUGAACUUGACCAAGCUCUGCAAACAGUGAGAGAAUCCAAUGCGUCCCUGGUUCAAAAUUUCAGGCUUUUUUCAGAUGGUGGAAACUUUUGUCCUGAAGAAGUGUCCCAGUUUCAGGAAACAAUUGAGGAUUUAUCUAAAAUGAUUGAUGAAAAUGAAUGUCACAUUCUUGUGGAGAUGGAAGGAAUGGAAGCAACCAGAUUUGAUCAAGCCAGUCGAAUUACAAUUGAAUUUGAAGACAGAUUCAAGAACCAUAUCUUUGAUCUUCUCUUCAUGGAAACUAUAGCACGAUGGCUCACCAACACUCAGGUCCAGAUUAAGACGCAUGUGGCCAAAAACAACACUUCUUCGAAGGACCUGUCAAACUUCCUCUCCAAAUUGAAACAAAACAUAGAAACCUGUGAACAACCAAAUCCUGAUUUGAAUAAAGUUAGCUCUUCUGAGAUUGCAAAAAUGUUUGUGAAUUCAAUGGAAAUGAUAAACUCUCGAGCCAAAUAUCUGAAAUGCCUGAAGACCAAUGAAGAAGCUGUUAUUUUAGUGCCCUGCCAAACGGCGUUGGUUUCUGAAAUACCAUCAGUAUCUAAACCUGGCAAGACGAUGUUAGAAGACAGUUCAGUUGUAAUGAUUAAAUCCAUUCUGAGGAGCCAGAAGAUUCCAGAAACUGUGGAGGAAACACCAGAGUCAUCUACUGAAGAAGAGAGCUCUCCAACUUCAAACCAGGAAAAUAGCAACGACACAAGUCCCAAUAUAAAAACUGGUAAAACCAAAGUAAAAAGCUCCGUGCUUAAAUCUGUGAGUCGUAUCUACAAACGUCAUCUUAUAGUGAACCAUUCUACAAAGACAGUGAAGCUGAAAUUGAAUUUUGGUGAAGGGGAAGAGAAAGAUUUGGAAGAACAAGAAAUUGAAGAAGAACCUUCUGAUUUCCUUGGAGUUAUCAAACAGUUGGUGCAGAAUACAUUUGUUAGCAUUGGCGCUAUUGCAGAGGAUUAUUACCGACAGAAAGGAUCACGACCAAUAACAAGGCCACAGGCAUUGCAGGACACAUAUGAGAAUUGUGCAGUGUUGCUGGGUGACAAAUUAGUAUCUUAUUAUAACCAAGCGAAGGAAUAUCUUCAACGGUGUCAUACAGAGUUUCAAUGUCAAUUGGAGGAAUUGGAAAACUUGGCAAAGCGUAUUCCCCUUUGCUGUUUCGUUCUCUUCUUGAACAACACAUGUACAAUCUGGAUGAAGAAUUUUCUAAGUGGGAGAACGCAUUCCAAGACACCUUCAAGCACUUGGAAAAGCAACAGCAACAUCAUUCACAUUUGCUUCAACCAAAUAUUGGUCACCCACAAAAAGCUGCCCAACUGCAGAAACUCAAUGAGGAUGAAACAAACAGACAUAAUAAAUUCAAUAUAG